AUGCCAUGGAAUGUAGGAAAUUGCACACUCGGUAUAGGGGUCACUCCUCGAAUGAACUCGGCAUUGUGUGGACCUUUUAGUGAAUCGCUCCAUAGCUAUUGCGACUACGGUGAUAAUCAAUGCUGCUCGCCCUAUCCAGAAGACGGCAACGCCGCACAUCACAACUACGUGCACAAAUACAACCAAAACGUGGUCGAUUUCAUCAAGCUUCGACUUGGCGCAGGUUGGGAAUCUCACGCUCACAAUAAUGGGAAUGACAAAUAG